ACGCGCGGCGUUGCGGAAGUGACGUAGCCGCGGUGACCUUCAGCGGCGGCGUGCGGGUGUCGGGCCAGGCCGUGCCGCUCCCUCCGCUUCCCUCGGGGCUGCCUCCGCUUCCCGCCGCCAUGCCCAGGGGCAACCGCAGCCGCACGUCCCGCGUGCCGCCCCCCGCCAGCCGGGCACCCCCCAGGAGAGCCGCGUCUCCAGCCCCGGCUCCUCGGGCCUCUGUCCCCGCAGCGGCUCCGCCUUCCGCCGUGGCGGCGCCGGCCCCGAAGCAGCCGGGGCUGAUGGCCCAGAUGGCCACAACCGCUGCCGGCGUGGCCGUGGGCUCGGCCGUGGGGCACACCAUCGGCCACGCCAUCACCGGAGGAUUCAGUGGAGGGGGCAGCUCCGAGGCUGCCAGGCCUGAUGUCACCUACCAGGAGCCCCAGGCAGCUCAGGCUGCCCAGCAGCAGCAGCAAGGUCCUUGCCAGUAUGAGAUGAAACAAUUCCUGGAGUGUGCCCAGAAGCAGACUGACCUCAAGCUGUGCGAGGGCUUCAGUGAGGUGCUCAAGCAGUGCAGGAUUUCCAAUGGUUUGGCCUAAGCUUGUACAAGGAGGCUGCUGAAGAUCAUCUUGCAAGAACUGGCCUGUGAAUGAAAAACAAAAAGCUUCAGUAAUAAAGUUUAAAGCUGUCUGGUAUCUUGUUAGUUCAUAUAUUCACACUGUCAUCUCUGUGGCUUGACUUCUGCCAUAGCUGCCUCUGAUGUGAUCCAACCUCACAGCCGCAAUUUAAUUUAGCACAAAAUGGAAGAGUUGAAUAGUAAAGCAGAAUGAGCUAACGUGGGUUUUACUGGGUUUGCUGAUUGUUGUGUUGAAUGUAUGUAAUGUCUAUAAAUAAACUUCUCUCUCUAGAA